AAAACCCAUAAAAAGUGGUGUUAUUAUUCUAGACAUACCGCAAGUGCAAUGAGGCGAUCUCUAAGAUUGCCUAACUUCAGAACAAUAUUAGAAGAUAAGCCAUACAAAUACAGUUCGAAUAAAAUAUUUUAAUCAGACGUUCUUAUCUGAAAGAUCGGGCGUUUCACUCCAGUAUUAACAAAAUCAGUGACUCAGAGGUUCGCAGUGUUCUGUUCAUCGUGUGUGUACGUACCACUGGUUGUUGUAAAUAAAGAAGGCUGUGAUCGUUGUGUUAUUCACAAAUAUUCGCCAGUUAACAGUUGGAAACAAAUGUGAACGAAAGUGUGAAAAUGGCUGGCAAUACGGGUAUGGAACAGCUGAUUCCGAUAGUGAACAAGUUACAAGAUGCCUUUACUCAGCUCGGGGUUCAUUUAACUCUGGAUUUGCCACAGAUUGCUGUGGUGGGAGGACAGUCAGCGGGAAAAAGUUCCGUUUUGGAAAACUUUGUCGGCAGAGAUUUUCUACCGAGGGGAUCUGGAAUCGUAACGAGGAGACCUUUAGUUUUGCAACUUGUAUAUUCAAAAGUCGAAUAUGCUGAGUUUUUACACUGCAAAGGAAAAAAAUACACUGAUUUCGACGAGGUUAGAAAAGAAAUUGAGGCUGAAACCGACAGAGUUACCGGUAGUAAUAAAGGAAUAUCUAGUUUACCAAUUAGUUUAAGAAUAUAUUCACCAAAUGUACUGAAUAUAACAUUGAUCGAUUUACCGGGAAUGACAAAAGUCCCUAUAGGAGAUCAACCUACAGACAUAGAACAACAAAUUAGGAGUAUGAUUUUGCAAUUCAUCACGAAAGAAACGUGCCUUAUCUUAGCUGUUACUCCUGCAAACACUGACUUAGCAAACUCGGAUGCCUUACAAAUUGCCAAAGAGGUAGAUCCUCAAGGAGAUAGAACAAUCGGGGUCAUCACAAAGUUAGACAUCAUGGACGAAGGAACAGACGCUAGGUAUAUUUUAGAAAAUAAAUUGUUGCCCCUUCGAAGAGGGUACGUGGGGGUAGUGAACCGAUCCCAGAAAGAUAUAAAUGGUCAAAAGGAUAUUAAACUUGCCAUUGAAGCAGAACGCAAAUUCUUUUUGAGCCAUCCUGCUUACCAUCACAUAGCAGAUAAACUAGGGACGCCUUAUUUGCAGAAAACAUUGAACGAACAAUUGACCAACCACAUUCGUAAUACUUUACCAGCUCUGAGGGACAAGCUCCAGAAGCAACUAAUGUCUUUGGAAAGAGAAUUGGGCGAUUUCAAAAAUUUCAGCCCGGAUGAUCCAAGUGUCAAGGCCAAAGCUAUGUUACAGAUGAUCCAACAGUUCGCUCUCAGUUUCGAAAAAGUCCUGGAAGGAUCAGGAUCAGACGAAGUAAACAUGACUGAACUUUCCGGCGGCGCAAAAAUCAACUGUAUCUUUCACGAAAAAUUCCCCUUCGAAAUAGUCAAAAUGGAAUUCGAUGAGAGCGAAUUACGCAACGAAAUCGCCAUCGCUAUAGCUAACAUUCACGGAAUUAGGAUUGGUCUGUUUACUCCAGAUUUAGCAUUUGAUGCUAUAGUGAAAAAGCAGAUAGCACGGCUGAAAGAUCCUUGUUUGAAAUGUGUCGAUAUGGUUAUAACGGAGCUUCUGAAUAUCAUUCAUUCGUGUAGUGAACAGAUGUCUCGGUUUCCACGUUUACGGGAAGUAGUGGAAAGAAUUAUAAAAACUCAUGUCAGGAAAAGAGAACAAGUAUGCAGAGAUCAACUAGUAACUUAUAUCAAUUGUCAGUUAUCUUAUAUGAACACCAAUCACGAGGACUUCAUAGGAUUUGCAAAUGCAGAGAACCAAGCAAAAAAGUCCACUUCGGUCCACAACGACAAUCUGGGCAAUCAGGUCAUUCGCAAAGGUUACAUGAUUUUGCAAAACCUCAGUAUUAUCAAAGGAAGAAGUUUCUGGUUCGUCCUGUCGUCCGAUAAUCUGGCGUGGUACAAAGACGAAACUGAAAAAGAAAUUCAGUACAUCCUGCCGCUGAAUAAAUUGAAGAUAAGAGACGCAGAAAGUGGAUUCAUGACGAGAAAACCGACAUUUGCUCUAUUCUAUCCAAGCGGUGCUAAUGUUUACAAGGAUUAUAAACAAUUGGAAUUGGGUUGCAACUCAAUAGAUGACAUGGACUCAUGGAAAGCAUCUUUUCUGAGAGCAGGUGUUUACCCAGAGAAAUCUUUGAAGAAUGGAGAACCAGAAGAGCAAUAUGAGGUGGUUCAAGAAAUAGACCCCCAACUCAAGAGACAAGUGGAAAUAAUAAGAAAUCUAGUUGACAGCUACAUGUCAAUUGUAACCAAAUCUACCAAAGAUUUAGUCCCAAAAGCCAUUACUUGUAUGAUUAUCAACAAUGCCAAAAAAUAUAUUUUUGAAGAACUCCUGAUUCAUGUUUAUGCUCACGAAGACCAGAUGGAUUUAUUAGAAGAAUCCCCGGAACAGGUUAAAAUGAGGGAAGAGAAAAUGGCGAUGUUCCAAGCGUGUAAAUCCGCUCUAGAUAUUAUAGGAGAUUGUUCCAUGAAUAUAUCGACCAAAGGAACGAGGGAGGUAGAAAACGAGAGAAUAUAUUCAUCGAAACCAACAACGGCGGGGCCUACGUCUUAUGCUACAAAGAAAAGUAAUAUUUUUGAACAAUAG